CGCAAAUGUUAUUAUUAAAAGCUCAUGUUCAUAACUCGUUUCUGUUUCGGAUACUGUCUGAGAACUUUGAUAUAUUUAUCCUCAUGUGUGUACCUCAACACAUCAUCGUGAUUUCAAUAUUGUCAGUUGGGAUUAGGAAUAAAAUUAAUGAUUACUUGUUAUCCGUGUUUGAUUUUUAGUCACCAACAUUUCAAAGUAUGCCUCUAUUUGGUAAGCCAAAAAGCCCUCGUGAGUUAAUCCAAACUGUUAAUGAGAACAUAAUCAUUUUAAGUAACUGUGCCAAAACCGACAAAGAGCGGAAAAAAGCUGUUGAAGAUAUAGCAAGGGCUUUGACUGCUCUUCGGGAGCUGCUGACGGAUAAGUCAGAUACUCGAUUGACUGGCAAAGAACGAGAUUCAGAAUUAUCGAACUCUGAACGAGCACGAAUUAAUGAAAUCAUAACAGAUGUAACUCAUGAAAUCAUCAACCUCAAUCUUUUGCCACUUCUCGUAAACAAUUUGGAUGCCAUAGAGUUUGAGAGUUCUAAACAUAUUGUUGAUCUUUUCGGCCAUAUUAUGAGGCGACAGGUCGGAUCUUAUAAUCCUGCAGCUCAAUAUCUUCUGGCUAACUCUCAAAUUCUAAUAUCUAUUCUCCAAGGAUACUCCAAACCUGACACUGCUAUACACUAUGGUGCAAUGCUUCGGGAUGCAUGUCGACAUGAAUCUUUAGCCAAAGUUGUUCUUCGUUCACCAGAAUUUUAUCAGUUAUUUGAACAUGUACAAGGCACAGCAUUUGAUGUGAGCUCAGAUGCUUUUGCUACAUUGAAAGAUUUGCUUACUCGUCAUAAGGCUCUUGUAGCAGAUUUUCUAUCAGCUAACUAUGAUGUAUUUUUUGACCAUUAUAUGCAUAUGAUUUUAUCAGAUAAUUACGUCACAAAAAGGCAAGCAUUAAAGUUGUUAGGAGAGCUUUUACUUGAUCGGCAUAACAUCUCGAUAAUGACCAAAUAUAUUGCAGAUCCGGAAAACCUCAAAGUCAUUAUGAAUAUGUUGAAAAGUAAAGAAAAGCAAAUUGCUUUUGAGGCGUUUCAUUGUUUUAAGGUGUUUGUUGCAAAUCCAAACAAGCCACCAGCUGUUCAUAUGAUUCUGUUUCGUAAUCAGGAAAAAUUGCUAUCCUUUCUGACAGAUUUUCAAACUGAACGUACAGAUGAUGGUCAAUUCAAUGAUGAGAAACAGUAUUUGAUCAAACAGAUUAGAGAAUUAAAACCAGUGCCUAUUUCGUCUAAUCCAAAUCCCACAUAA